AUGUCCCCCACAAACCUCCCCAACCCCAUCCCCUUCUCUGAACCCCCCUACCUCCGCGGUCUCCCAAGCCCCUACUACACAGAAGGCCACCUGCGGUUCCAAAAAGCCUGCCGCGCGUUCCUGUGGGAGAAUCUGAUCUCGCACGCCACGGAAUGGGAGAAGGCCGGCCAGGUCCCGGACCAUAUGGCCCGGUCCGGUCUCGCGGGCCCAGGCACCAGUCUCAGCGCUGGCUUCGCGUUCGGGAUCCCCCCCGUGCUCAAAUACGCGAGUCGGGAGCUGCAAGAGCGCAUGCUGCCGGACAUGCUCACCGGCCGGAAACGCACCUGUAUCGCCAUCACGGAGCCCGAGGCGGGCAGCGACGUGGCGAAUAUUACGACCACGCGACCAAGUCUGCCGAUGGGAAGUUUUACAUCAUUAACGGGGCGAAGAAGUGGUAUGUUUUACGUUCCUGGCUUUUUCUAUUCUUUGUCUGCUUUUCUGGUGUGUGAUGUAUUUGCGAUGCUGUGUUUCGGGAUCACAAACGGCAUCUGGUCCGACUACACCACAAUGGCCGUUCGCACCGGCGGACCGGGUGCUGCUGGCCUCUCUGUCAUGGUCGUGCCGUUGAAGGGCUACCCCGGCGUGUCAAUGCGCCCGAUCCACGUCUCGGGCAGCAAGACCAGCGGAACCACCUACAUCGAGCUGGACGACGUCAAGGUGCCCGUGGAAAACCUCAUCGGCCGCGAAGGCGACGGCAUGCGAAUCAUCAUGACGAACUUCAACCACGAGCGCCUGACCAUCUCCGUGCAAUGUACGCGACAGGCCCGUGUGGCGCUGUCCGCGGCGUUCGGGUACUGCAUGAAGCGCGAGGCGUUCGGGAAGACGCUGAUGGAUCAGCCGGUGGUGAGGCAUCGGUUGGCGAAGGCCGGGGCGGAGUUGGAGACGGUGUCGGCGUGGGUCGAGCAGAUCUUGUAUCAGCUGAGCAAGUUGGAGAAGAAGGAGGCGGAUCGGUUGCUCGGGGGUGUGACGGCGAUGGCCAAGGCCAAGGCGGCGAUGGUGUUGAAUGAGUGUGCGCAGUGUGCGGUUCUGUUGUUUGGAGGCGCGGGCUUGACCCAGAGCGGGCAGGGCGAGCUUGUUGAAGCUAUCAUGAGGGAUGUCCCGGUGGCCAGGAUUCCGGGUGGUUCGGAGGAUGUUCUGCUGGAUUUAGCUGUGAGGCAGCUGGUGAAGAUUUACCAGACGCAGGAGAAGAAGUUGGGCCAAGCGAAGAUCUAG